GUCCUAUCAGCUCUUGAAUCGUCUCUGAGAGAAGCAAAAGAAUUAAACUGUUUACUCAACCUUUGACACAACAGUUAUCAGUGAAACACUUCUCCGUAUUUAUUUAAAGUUCGAAUACACUCUUGUCAUUUUUCAGAAGCUUCCGAACGCUUAGCUGAAAUAAAUAUUAUUGAGUAGUCGCUUAAUUUUUCCUAAUCAGAAUGAAGCGUUUAUUUUUGUGUUCGACAGUGUUUCUUCUUUUAAUAUCAACAGGUUAUAGCUUGAAAUGUUACAAAUGUGAUGCAACAUCACUUUCCGAAUUCGACGAUGAAUGUUCUUUCGGAAGAGUCAUGGACAAGGAAUACUGUCCUUCUAGGCAGGGUUAUGUGUGUAGCGAAUACAAAUUUAAAUAUACGGUCCUCAAUGUGACGAUGUACGAAACAGCGAGAGGAUGUGAAAAAAUAAUAAAAGGAAAUAUGUGCGAAGCGGAAAGAUUGGAGGCAAAGAAAUUCUUCUACGGCAUGGUAAAAUUGAGCAGUUGUUACAUUUGCGACAAAGACCUGUGCAAUGGAGUCAUCAGAAAGAGAUAUUAGGCGCAUUAGAAAAAUAGGUUCAUUUUCCUUAUUUAAUCCAAUAUUGAUUAGGUGAAGUGUGAACAUAUUGAUACAUAGUCAAUUAUAAAUGAAAGAACGAUGCAAUUCAGCUCGUUAUGUUAGUAUCACCACUGCAGUGAUAUUAAUGAACCUCAGAUCUUAUUUUUGUGAUAAAAUGAAGGAAUUUUAUACCAAAUGUUGAGAUAUAUAGGAAACCCACAUGGGUGGAUCAAAAUUUCACGUUCUCGACAAUUCCAGGAAACGGUUUUAUUUCUUAAGUCGAUGUAGUAGCUCUUUGUAAGAAAAUAUUGAGUAAUAAAGCUUCGAUUUCGUACUUUA